AGACUGGGGACUUCACAUCUAGUCCUAUGUUCUGCAGUCCUUCAAAUGCUUGCGAGCGGCUUACCCGAUGCAUCAUUUGGAUGCGCCCGUGCCGCCCUCAGGAGUAUGAUGAGUCGCUGGCACUCUCGAGUCACCCACGCGGACCACUUCGCCUCACCGUCUAUGCCAUCGUUGACCAUUGAGUCGAAAAAAGAGGAAGAAGAAGAAAAGAAAGAAGAUGGAAAAGGGGUGUCGUCGUCGCACGGGACGCUUGCGUUCUUCACGCCUGACGUUGUCUUCGUCGAGCACGAUUCCUUCCACUGGUCAUUAACUGCGGCGUACGCCGCUGUUUAUGAUCUCGCUUCCCACGUUCGGCUGCAUAGCCGCCGCACAAACUCUUCGGGACCUCGUUCUGUCUGUUUCUUCCCGCUGGUGCCCGUAUCUUCGCAGUUACCUGAGGUUGAAUACUUGUGAUACAGGCAAAACCUCUCUGGGCGCGUCAACACUGACACUAGCGCUCCUAUGCUCUAUAAAAUGCAUUGUACACGCACGGAAGCCGUGACAAGCCGUUGGUCUCCGCCUGCGCUGGUACUGGAUCGAUCGCAUCAAACUCGCUGUGAGCUAUAUCGCCUUGCGCGACGCAUAGGGCCUAUAGCAUGUUUCUUUCCUGCGCCUUCGUCGCUG